AUAAAUACCAUAGAAGUUACAGCAGGUUACAUAGAAAAAAUGAAGAACAAGGAGAGAAAUAAGGAGGGAAAUCUCGAGCUCUCUUAACUGCUCUGACCAACCCCACCUCCUCCCAGCUCCCCUGUUUCCUCUCCUCUUCUUCACACCUACAAGCUCAGAUCGCUCGCUCUCUCUGCAACACAGCGCAAAGCGUAGCGACCAACCACCAGGAACUUGCCAGCCAUUGUCGACAAUGGCGGAGCCCAAGGCGUCCAAGAGCAAGAGCAAGUCCAAGUCCAAGAACCCACACCACGAUGGCCAUGACGCGGCGUCCAAGAAGGCCAAGGCCAGCGCCGCGCCGGCGUCCCUGGACGCGCACUUCGCGCCGUGCGCGGACGUGAAGGGCCUCCGCUUCGGCGUGCAGCUCGUCACGCGCGCGCUCACCGUGCGCCGCGCCGCACCGCUCGAGCUCCCGCACCUCCUCCGCGCCGGCGGCGAUGGCCCGCUGUCGUUCGCACCGACGACGACGGCGUACAUCCCAACCAACUUCGCCAUCCUAGCGCACCACGCGUGGCACACCCUCACGCUGGGCCUGGGCACCAAGAACUCCAAGGCCGCCGUCUUCGUCUUCGAGCCCGCCGCCAUGAAGGCUGCCGCCGACGCCGCCUGGUCGCACGUCGUCCCGCUCGGGGACGUCGGUCGGCGCCUCAUCCGCGCGGCGCCGGGGGCCCCGGAGAUGGCGCGGUUCAAGUUCCGUAAGGGCUGCGUCACCUUCUACGUCUACGCCGUCCGCACCGCCGGCGCGCGCGGGUUCGCGCGCUCCGACGAGCUCAGGGCCGUCGUCGAGGCCGUCGCCAGGCUCAAGGACUUCCUGGACCACACCGCCAUGCUGGCGCUCCCGGGCCAGAGGAGCAUUGAUGUUGCCGCCGCUGCGGCGCCGGUGGGCGUCGUGCAUUGAUGCAUUUACAGUGGCGGCUUGUCACGAACUGUGAAUAGAAUCUUUUUGUGCCUUAUUUUCUUUCGGUGUGUGCAUUGAUUUCUGAAUGUAACCAUUUCGUUUUUGGAUUGAGAUCAUGUUGUGCAAUUCCUUAAUUCUCUAGUGUGAAUUUGUUCAUUGGCAUUAGAAAAUACCA